AUGGCUCCGCCGGCAACCACGCCAAGUGUCCUCAUCACUGGCUGUAGUGAUGGCGGCCUGGGGGCUGCUCUGGUCGAAGCCUUCGCACGGCGAGGUUUCCACGUGCUAGCCACGCUUCGGGACCCAACCAAGGCCACAUCGCUAACGUUGAUCCCGGGCCGGGUCGAGGUCCUGCAGCUCGAUGUGACGGACACAGAAUCGAUAGCUUCGUGUGCCGCGGCGGCCGCGACCAAGACGGGCGGGCGGCUCGACGUGCUGGUCAACAACGCCGGCGGCAUGUUUGUUAUGCCGCUGCUCGAUACAAAUCUGACGCAGGGCAAGAGGCUCUUUGACGUGAACGUGUGGGGCAUGUUGGCCGUGACACAAGCAUUCGCCCCGAUGCUGAUCCGUUCGCGGGGUGUUGUGCUCAACAUUGCCAGUAUUGCGGGUGCGGUGAGGAUGGCCUGGCAAGGCAUCUAUAACUCGUCCAAGGCCUCGGCUCGCUGGAUCUCGGAAACGCUCCGGAUCGAGAUGCAAGGUUUGGGUGUGCGUGUCAUUACGGCCAUGGUGGGCGAGGUUGAGACCAACAUCUACCGGAACGCGCGCGCGCCGCCUUCGCUGCCCCCGUCCUCGUAUUACACGUCCAUCAAAGAUCUUAUCUUCCAGCAGGGCACGGGUCAGAUGCAAAAGGAGAACGAGAAGGCGUCGGUGACGGCCGAGAAUUUGGUUCGGGAUGUGCUCAGUGGGCGCGACGGACACGUCUGGCGUGGCGGUGUGGCAGGCCGUGCCAAGUACCUUCACUGGAUGGUCCCCGAACGCCUCUUUGAGUGGUUCUUACACUCUUCGAGGGGCAUUUAUCAAGUCGAACCUCCAAAAUAA